AAACCCACGUGAAUGUGUUCGGCAAUCCCAGCCUGUUUCCAAUGCGCCUUUUGCCCUCUCCCUUCCCCCUAUUUGAAGUCAUGAUGGCGGAACUGUAGUACUCUGGACGAGAAAACUGACCCACCCGCCCGGGAGAAGGCUACACAUAUUUAUUUAUUUAUGAAUCUAUCAUUACCCCGCAAUGACACGCUGGAUCCCAACGAGAAAAGAGAAAUAUGGCGUUGCGAUCUAUAAUUACAAUCCCAGAGGAGACCAGGAGCUGUGUCUGCAGGUGGGAGACACGGUACACAUCCUGGAGACGUUUGAAGGCUGGUAUAGAGGCUACACACUACGAGACAAGUCACAGAAGGGUAUUUUCCCAGCCUCCUACAUUCACCUGAAGGAGGCGAAAGUCGAGGGAACAGGCCACCAAGAGAUCGUGAUCCCUGGUGAUCUCCCUCUGGUGCAGGAGCUGGGAGCCACGCUGAGGGAAUGGACUCAGAUAUGGCACACUUUGUACGUGAACAACAAGACCACCAUGUUCAGGAUUGUCCAGCAGAUGGCCUACAGUCUCAUAGAGUACCGGUCUCAGAUUGUGUCAGGAACUCUGCCCAAGGACGACCUCGUGGAGCUCAGGAAGAAAGUCACGGCCAAGAUUGAUUACGGCAACCGGAUUCUGGGAUUGGACCUGGUGGUGCGUGAUGAAGCCGGGAACACCCUGGACCCGGACUGCACCAGCACCGUCAGCCUGUUCCGGGCUCACGAGGCUUCCUCUCGCAGCAUCGACGUCAGGAUCCAGGAGGAAAAGACCCGGCUGCAGAACCUGGAGAUGAGGAAGCAGUCCCUCUUCAGCACGGUGCACACCUACAGCCUGCUGAUGAACCUCAAGAACUUUGUGUGCAACAUCGGGGAGGACGCCGAGCUCCUCAUGUCGCUCUACGACCCCGACCUGUCAGAGUUCAUCAGUGAGAAUUUCCUGGUUCGCUGGGACAGCAUGGGAAUGCCCAAAGAGAUUGAGAAACUCAACAAUUUGCCAGCGCUCUUUACGGACCUGAGCAGCAGCGAUCUGAUUAGGCCACGCCUCUUCCUGGUUUGUCAGAUCAUCAGGGUGGGCUGCAUGGAGCUCAAAGAGGGCAAGAAACACACGGCUGGGCUACGUAGGCCGUUCGGCGUGGCCGUCAUGGACAUUACCGACAUCGCCCACGGGAAAGCUGAUGAUGAAGACAAGCAACAUUUCAUCCCUUUUCAACAGAUCGCUAUGGAAACGUACAUCCGUCAGAGGCAGCUCAUCAUGUCUCCUCUGAUGCCGUCCCGAGUCAUCGGGGAGAACGAGCCGCUCACGGCCGUCUUCAACAAAGUCAUCGCGACCCGGGAGGUCAACCACAAGGGCCAGGGACUGUUUGUGACCCUGAAACUGCUUCCGGGUGACCUGACCCAGGUCAGGAAGGAGUACCCACACUUUGUGGACCGCUCCACGGCCAUCGUCAGGAAAAUGGGCUUCCCUGAGAUCAUCCUCCCAGGAAUCGUGAGGAACGACAUCUACGUGACCCUGGUGCAGGGGGAGUUCGACCGCGGGAAGAAGAAGACGCCCAAAAACGUGGAGGUGAUGGUGAGCGUGCUGGACAACGAGGGGAACCUCAUGGAGAAAGCGAUUUUCCCAGGGGCUGGCUACGAUGGCAUCACGGAGUACAAGUCGGUCAUUUAUUACCAAGUCAAGCAGCCGUGCUGGAAUGAGACAGUCAAGGUGACCAUUCCUAUAGAGGAUGUAUGCCGGUGUCACCUCAGGGUCAUGUUUCGCCAUAGGUCAUCCCAGGACUCUCGAGACAAAUCGGAGAAGCCGUUUGGGAUGGCCUUCGUCAGGCUGAUGAAGGGAGACGGGACGACUUUGAGGGACGGCAGGCACAACCUCAUCGUCUACAAGGUGGACGUGAAGAAGGCUGAGGAUGCUAAAACGUACCUGGCACUCCCAGGGACCUGGGUGGAGGUGGAGGAGAAGGAAGGCCUGCAGGGGAAGCCCCACCACCACACCUCCGGGAUCCCUGUCACCAAAGACAGCUUCCAGAUCUCCACCCUCACCUGCUCCACAAAACUCACCCAGAACGUGGGUUUGUUGGGUCUUCUGAACUGGAGGUCCAAUCCGGAAGAACUGGAGCAGAAUCUGCAGCGUCUGAUGGAGGUGGAAGGCGGAGAGAUCGUGAAGUUCCUCCAGGACACCCUCGACGCCCUCUUCACCAUCAUGAUGGAGACCUCCGAGAAAGACACCUACGACACCUUGGUGUUCAACGCCUUGGUGUUCAUCAUAACCCUGAUUGGGGACAUCAAGUUCCAGCAUUUCAACCCCGUCCUGGAGACCUACAUUGACAAGCACUUCAGUGCCACGUUGGCCUACAUGAAGUUGACCAAGGUUCUGAACUACUACGUGGGCCAUGCCGAGGAAUCUUCACUGGCAGAGAGGCUCUACACAGCCCUGAAGGCCCUCAAGUACCUGUUCAGGUUUAUCGUGCAGUCCCGAGUCCUCUACCUCAGGUUCUACGGCAACAGUGAGGACGGGGAUGCGUUCUUCAACUCCAUACGGACUCUCUUCCUGUCCUUCAACACUCUCAUGGACAGGCCUUUGGAUGAGGGGGUGAAGAUUAAGGGGGCAAUAUUAAAAUACCUGCCAACCAUAAUCAAUGACAUCCAGAACGUUUUUGAUCCUGUCGAACUCAGCAUUCUUCUGACUAAGUUCAUCGAGAGCAUCCCCGACUCUCAGCUGGUGCGUCAGAAGAUCGGCUGCAUGUGUAAGAUGGUGGAGAGUGACUUGUUCAAGCAGCCAGAGUGCCGAGACGUUCUCCUGCCGUUGGUCACAGACCAGCUCAGCGGUCAGUUGGACGACCACUCCAACAAACCGGACCACGAAGCCUGCGUCCAGCUCCUCAGCACUGUCCUGGACAACCUGGACCGGAAGGACGUGGGGUUGACCAGGGGUCACGUCCAGAUGAUCAUGGAGCGCCUGCUGCGUCGGGUGAACCGCACGGUUAUCGGCAUGAGCAGGACCUCUCCUCUCAUCGGUCCCUAUCUGGCCUGUAUGACUGCCAUCUUGAAGCAAAUGGAUGACAUGCACUACGCCCACUACAUUAGCACCUUUAAGACCAGACAGGACAUCAUUGAUUUCCUGAUGGAGACGUUCAUCAUGUUCAAGGACCUGAUGGGGAACGUGUUCCCUGCAGACUGGAUGACCAUGAACCUUCUCCAGAUAGGGGUCUUCCUGAGGGCCAUCAACCAGUACUCAGAAGUCCUUAAUAUGUACUUCCUGGAUCAGACACAUUUUGAGCUGCAGUUGUGGACCAAAUAUUUCCACCUGACGGUAGCGUUCCUUACCCACAAGUGCCUGCAGCUAGAAUCAUUUUCUCAAGAGAAGCGCAAUAAAAUCCUCAACAAAUACGGAGAUAUGAGGAAGAGCAUUGGAUUUAAAAUCAGGGACAUGUGGUAUAACCUUGGGCCACACAAGAUGAAAUUCAUCCCAGCCAUGGUGGGGCCCAUCCUGGAGGCCACGCUGGUGCCAGAACCAGACCUCAGGAAGGCCACCAUCCCCAUCUUCUUUGACAUGAUGCAGUGCGAGCACAACUUCAGCCCUGGACACACGUUUCAGAAGUUUGAGAACGAGCUGAUCACCAAAUUGGACCAGGAGGUCGAGGGAGGCCGGGGAGAUGAACAGUACAAAAUCCUACUGGAGAAAACGCUGCUGGAGCACUGCAGACGCCACCGGUACCUGGCCCAGUCUGGAGAGGAGCUGGCUCUGCUGCUAAGCAGCCUGCUGGAGAACCUGCUGGCCUACCGCACCAUCACCCACGACGAGAGCCCCGAACACCGGAUGAGCUGCACCGUCAACGUCCUUAACUUCUACAAGGAGAAAAAGAGAGAGGAUAUUUACAUCCGGUACCUCUACAAGCUGCGGGAUCUUCACCUGGACGGGGAGAACUACACAGAAGCUGCCUAUACUCUGCUGCUGCACGCCGAACUACUCGAGUGGUCCGACAAGCCCUGCGCUCCUCACCUCAUCCCCCGUGACGGCUCCCAUGUCUGGAGCCAACAGGAGCUUAAGGAGAGGCUCUUCCAGGAGAUCAUGUGCUACUUCGACAAGGGCAAAAUGUGGGAGAAGGCCAUCGAGUUGGGCAAGCAGCUGGCCAAGAUGCACGAAAGUCAGAUGUUUGACUUCAUGGAGCUCAGUCAACUUCUGAAACAGCAAGCCCAGUUCUAUGAGAACAUAAUGCACGCCAUGCGUCCUCAGCCAGAGUACUUUGCAGUGGGGUACUACGGGCUUGGAUUCCCUUUCUUCCUGAGGAACAAGAUCUUCAUCUAUCGUGGUAAGGAGUAUGAGUUCCUGGAGGACUUCAGUCUGAGGCUUCUCUCCCAGUUCCCCAAUGCAGUGAGAAUGACCAGCACAGCGCCCCCUGGGGACAGCAUCUGUAACUCUCAAGGACAACACAUCCAGUGUUUCACGGUCAAACCUGUUCUCACUGUGCCCAAGCAGUUCAAGGACAAGGGUGUCCCAGAGCAGAUUCUGAACUACUACAGAACAAAUGAAGUGGACCGCUUCCAGUAUUCCAGACCUUUUAGGAAAGGUGAAAAGGAUCCAGAUAAUGAGUUUGCUACUAUGUGGAUCGAGAGGACAACCUAUGUCACAAUCUACUGCUUCCCAGGGAUCCUCAAAUGGUUUGAAGUGAAGUCCAUCUCAGUGGAGGAGAUCAGUCCUCUGGCGAACGCCAUAGAGACCAUGGAGAUGACCAAUGAGAAGCUGAGCAACCUGGUGCAGCAGCAGGCUUGUGACCGCUCGCUGGCAGUCCACCCGCUCUCCAUGCUGCUGAACGGCAUCAUCGACCCCGCGGUCAUGGGGGGCUUCUCCAACUACGAGAAGGCAUUCUUUACAGACGCCUACGUCUUUGAACACCCAGAGGACCUUGGGCACAUUGAAACCCUCAAACAGCUCAUCGCCCUGCAGAUCCCUCUCCUGGCAGAAGGAGUGCGUAUCCACGGUGAGAAGGCCACAGAACAGCUGAAGCCCCUUCACAACCGCCUGCUCACCUGCUUCCACGACCUGAGGGAGAAAGUGGAGAAGCAUUAUGGCGUCAUAACCCUGCCCUGCUCGCUCACGGAGAGGAAGAAGAGUCGCGUGGGCUCGGUCGUCAUGCCCUACAUCCUGUCCUCCACGCUGCGCCGCAUGUCCACCCUCUCCACCCUCUCCGCCGGCUCCCCCUCCGACGGCGCCUCCCGCCCUUCCUCGCAGGACAGCUCCCUGCUGUCCCGCCCCAGCGACCGCCGCUCCUCCGUCGCGUCCCGGCCGGACGACGACCCCCGCAUCGGCAGAAGGAACCGCAAAGAGUGGAGCGUGAGCAAGUCCCAGGUGCUGCUGGAGAGGCAGCCAGACACCGACGAGCUCCCCCCGGAGAAGCAGCAGAGGCCUAAGAGCUUGCAGCUGGGGGACCGCCGUCUCACCCUGUCCCUGUUCCAGGGCGGCUCGUCUCAGCACAGCCUCGUCAGCCCUCUCAGCCCCCUGCCCGCCUCCCCACACACCCCCCGCAGCUCCAGUUAUUCAUCUCUCUACAUUGAAAGUGAAGGUGCCGUCCCAGAAACCCAGGGGACCCCCCCUCCCAUGCCUCCAAAGAAGCACCCUCACGAGAUUGACGUCUCGCAGCAUUCCUCUGAGUUCAUCCCUCCGCUGCCAGUGAAGAUUGAAAGCAAGCCUCCUCCACCGCCCCCCAAGGUGAGGAAAUCCAUGCUCCCCUCCUAGGAGCCCAGUCCUGAGGGAAGACUCCCCCCCCAACACAAAGACAACCCUCCCCCCCCCAACACAAAGACAACCCUCUCCACAGACUACCUGCUAUGAGGGUAUAGUUGAUUUUGAGGUACUGUAGCACUUUAUUGUACAAAAGUAUGAUUACAGGACCCUGUGUGAGACAAGACCUGUCUUUUUUCUAAGUGAAAGGAGGGGGUUGUGAUGAUGUUAGUUUCGCCAUAGGGUGGUGGAGCAGGUGGAUGGAAUUUGAUAUUCAAGGGUACGAAUCCAGGUAGGACAGGCAGGUUUCUGUGCUGUAUGUUCACUAAACACGGUAAAAUAAACUGUCAUUGGUAUGUUUCUAUAGGGAAUUUGACACUAUUCUGUAUAUUGGGGUUUGUUUUUCGGGUGUCACUGCUGGGCAAAGGGAAUGACCAAAGCUUCACUGGCGAUGUUGCUAUUAUCUUUUAUGCAUUGGAUUCACACUGGACCGUAAAUCAUUUCUGUCGUUUGUUGUCGGCUUUCUCAGAGAGCGGCGGACAUGUGUUGCAUGUUGAUUGUCACAUUUGACAAAAACAUUUUGAGAGAGUCUGCUUUUCACUGAUCACGAGGAGGGCUCGUGUGGCUUCUGUGGAUCUGAUGUGUGGACAGUGCUAAGUUCAAACACAGUUAUGCUGGAUGUUGGCUGUUUCGAUAUGUGGAUUCCACCCAAUGACCUUAAAGAGGUGAGAGGUGAGUUAUUUUCUGUGAUAAUUGUCUCAUGUCAUCCACAGUACUGUAACUAUGCUUUAUGGCGAUGAAGGCACACAAAUAAAAGCAAGUACCUCAGCAUUUUUUACAUGAUAUAGAGAGAGACAUGCACUGGAUGGAAUAUAUCAAUGUGAUUUUGUUUAUGUAUUUAAAAGAUCAAAAUACAUUUCCUGGUUUUUCUUACAAAUGUGCUUGGUCUAGUCAGUCAGUUUAAACAAUGUGUGGGACAAACCCAGUUAUCUCUUUAAAAUUGUGUUUUUGUUUGUCUACGUUCAUUUUUUUGACUUAUUGAACUGCUUUAAAUUAUUUUUCAGUGAAACGCAAUUUCACACUCAAUGUGUACAGAAUAGAGUCAAUUUAUUUUUUACUUUUCCAAAUCAAAUUUUAAUCUCUAGGUGAAUAAUAUUACUUGCUGGAAAGUUCAACGUACAAUAUUUCUUGUGCCUUAUGUCAAUGCUUGUUUGUUUGUAAUUUGGUUUCAUAUAUGCAUCAGUAUUUUACAUAUAUUUGUAUUUUUUGAGAUCAAAACCACUAUGUAUUUUAGAAGGGAAAUAACGUUAGCAUGUGUAUUUCAAACAAAGACCAGAAGAAAUCUUCAUAUGGAGAUGUUUUGCUUUAGAUACUUUUUUUUUUAACAGUAUCUUGAGGAGAUCUAGUUUUGUCCAUCAUUAAACCAACCAACCAAUUGAAUAAACAAAAAUAAUUUCCUGAUGAAAAGAUUAUUG